CUUCCUUGCUUCCUCGUUUCCUUCAUUCUUUCCUCGCGUUGUUCUUUUGUCCCUUCAUUCCUUCCUUGCUUCCUUCCCUCCUUACUUCCUUGCUUUCUCGCCUUCUUCCUUCUUUCGUUACUUACUUCCUUCCUUGCUUUUUUCCUUCCUUCCUUUCUUGUGUCUUUGGUUGCUUCCUUCCUUCCUUGAUUCAUCAUUUCCUUCCUUCUUUGCUUUCUGGCUUCCUUCCUUCCUCGUUCCCUUCCUUGCUUCCUUCCUUGCUUCCUCAGUUCCUUCCUUGCUUGCUCCCUCACAUCAUUCCUUCCUUGUUCCCUCGCUUCCGUCCUUUCUUUCUUCCUCAGUUCCUUCCUUCCUUGCUUCCGCGCUUUCUUCCCUCCUCGCUUUCUCGUUUCCUUGCUUCCUUCUUUGCUUCCUCGCGUCCUUCCUUCCUCGCAAUCUUUCCUUCCCCACUUCCUACCUUGCUUCCUCGCUUCUUUCUUUCCUCGCUUCCUUCCUUCCUUGCUUCCUCGCUUCCUUCUUUCCUCAUUUCCCUCUUUCAUUCCUUGCUUUUUUCCUUACUCGCUCCCUUCUUUCCCCCUUCUUUGCUUCCUCGCUUCCUUCACAAAUUUCUUCCUCACUUCCUUCCUUCCUUCCUUGCUUCAUUCCCUCCUUCCAUGCUUCCUCGCUUCCUUCCUUACUUUCCCGCUUUCUUCCUUGCUUCCUCGCUUCCUUCUUUCGUUGCUUUCUCGCUUCCUUCCUUCCUCACUUCCCUCCUUCCUUGCUUCCAUCCUUCCUCGCUUCCUUCUUUCCUCAUUCCUUGCUUCCUCGCUUCUUUCGUUUUUUCCCCGCGUCUUUCCUUUCUCGCUCCAUUCCUUUCUUGCUUCCUCGCUUCCAUCUUUCCUCCUUCCUUGCUUCGUCGCUUCCUUCUUUCCUUGCUUCAUCGCUUCCUUCCUUCCUCACUUCCCUCCUUCCUUCCUUGCUUCCUUCCUUCCUCACUUCCUCCUUUCCUCCUUCCUUGUUUCCUCGUUUCCUUCAUUCUUUCAUUGUGUCCUUCUUUUCUCGCUUCAUUUCUUCCUUGCUUUCUU